AUGUCCAGGGCAACGGUUGAGCUCGAUUUCUUCGGCAUGGAUCAGCAUCGUGACCCUUCCUCCGCCUCCAAAUCCCAGUUCCAGAAGUUCCUUCAUCGCCAGAGAAGCUUCAGGGGCAUUCAGAAUGCCAUGUCCAAGAUCAAGCCUCAGGUUCUCAAAUCUGUGAUUGCCCCCAAAGCAGAGAAAAUCCCAUUUCCCUCUUUGCCUGUUUACAUUCCCACCGGCACCUCUGUCUCUUCUUUCAUGCCUGCUCCUGCUGCUGCUUCAGAAAAGCUUGAAGAAACAACAACGCCUCUGACGAUUUUCUACAACGGAACCGUCUCUGUUUUCGAUGUCCCUCGCGACAAGGCUGAGAGCCUAUUGAAGCUUGCCUUGGAAGGAAACUCGGCCAAAGCUGCGGAAUCAGCGUUAGCUGUGGAUUCAAAACUUGCUCCUCACUCAAGCGACCAGCAACAGCUUCUGGAUCCUCUUGACGGAGAUUUACCAAUUGCCCGCAGAAAGUCACUGCAGAGGUUCCUAGAGAAGCGCAAAGAAAGGUUGAAUUCGGUGUCCCCAUUUCCCUCCCAUGCCUAA